AUGGAUGUAGAAGCGCUGAUCGAGCAGCUCACGUUAGAGGAGAAAGUUGCCCUUACAGCUGGCGUUGGCUGGUGGCAUACGGCAACGAUCGAUCGCUUGGGAAUCAAGCCAAUUCGACUCUCUGACGGGCCCAAUGGCGUCCGCGGCACCCAUUUCUUCGACAGCACACCUUCCGCAUGCCUCCCAUGCGGAACUGCCAUUGGCGCGACCUUCGAUGUCGACCUUGUUCACCGCCUAGGCCGAUUGCUAUCGGAUGAAGCUCAUGCGAAAGGCGCCCAUGUUCUUCUCGGACCUACAAUUAACACCCAGCGCGGUCCACUGGGCGGACGUGGCUUCGAGUCGUACUCUGAGGAUCCAAUCCUGUCGGGUAUCCUGGCGGGCCACUACGUGCAGGGAGUUCAAGAGUCGGGUGUGUCUGCGACGCUCAAGCACUUCGUCUGUAACGAUUUGGAGAGUGAGCGAAUGGCAAUCAAUGCCUUGGUCACAGACCGCGCAAUGCGCGAGAUCUAUCUGCUGCCUUUCAUGAUUGCUAUUGAAAUGGGCAAGCCUAGGGCCAUCAUGACAGCAUACAACAAGGUCAACAACGUCCACGCGGCAGAGAACAAGCAGAUUUUGCAAGACAUCCUGCGUGGCGAGUGGAAGUGGGAUGGACUGGUCAUGAGCGAUUGGUUCGGAACUUACAGCACAUCUGAGGCGAUCAAGGCCGGCCUCGAUCUCGAAAUGCCGGGCCCGAGCCGUUGGCGCGCCGGAGCCCUCUCUCAUGCGGUCAUGUCCAACAAAGUCAAGGUUUCCGAGCUCGACUCUGCGGUGCGCAACGUCCUGAAGCUGGUCAAGCACGGCCUCGAGAACACAUCAAUCCCCCCGAAUGCGCCCGAGACCGAAGCCAACACACCUGAGCAUAUCGCUCUGCUGCGCGAGGCAGCCGCCAAGUCACUCGUUCUCCUGAAGAAUGAGAGAAAUAUUCUACCGUUCGACAAAAACAAGAAGAUUGCCGUCAUUGGCCCUAAUGCCAACAUCGCGACCUACUGCGGCGGCGGUAGUGCAGGACUCAGAGCCUACAACACCGUCACUCCUCUGGAAGGUGUCAAGUCCCUUGCAAGUGAUGUUAUCUUCUCCCAGGGCGCAUAUGGCCAUCAGUCUUUGCCUCUUCUUGGGAAGUCCCUGAAGACGCCGGAUGGAAAGCAGAAGGGCUUUGUUCUCCGAAUCUACAACGACCCUCCGCCAAAGGAUACCGAACGCGCGGCUGACAACCGGAAGCCGCUCGAGGAGCGGGUGCUGGAUGAUGCAAACAUCUGGUUUGUCGACUACGAGAAUGCCGACCUUGCCCCCAUCUGGUGGGCCGAGACAGAAGGAGUCCUGGUCCCCGAGAGAUCUGGAGAGUGGGACUUUGGCUUAUCUGUUCACGGGACUGGCGAGCUGUACAUCGACGGCAAGCUGGUUGUGUCCAAUGUGGAGAAUCAGCGCUUGGGAAGCAGUUUUCUUGGCUGCGGAACGGUUGAGGAGCUUGGCACCAUGAAGUUAGAGGCUGGACGGUCCUACCGUGUUUUGGUGCGCUUCGGCUGCUCCGCCACCAGCAAGGUAAAGGCUUCCGGUACCGUCGACUUCGGCCAGGGCGGUGUCCGUUUCAGUGGCUGCCCCAGGUUGGAGCCUGCUGCCGCGAUCAAGGAGGCCGUUGAAGUUGCCAAGAGCGUUGAUCAGGUCGUUGUCUGCACUGGUCUGAGUGGCGAGUGGGAGUCUGAAGGGUUCGACAGAACUACUAUGGCUCUACCGCCCGGAACUGACGAUCUCGUUGCUGCGGUAUUGGCGGCCAACCCUAAUACUGCGGUCGUUGUCCAGAGUGGUACUCCGGUUGCCAUGCCUUGGAUCGAGCAGGCUGGGGCCGUUCUUCAUGCAUGGUUCGGUGGCAAUGAGUCGGGUAACGGUAUUGCAGAUGUGCUUUUCGGAGACGUCAACCCGAUAUUACGACAGGCCGGGAAGCUUCCUCUUACGAUGCCGCGCCGAGUGGCAGACAAUCCCGCCGCCCUCAGUUUCCGUUCAGACAACGGCCGCGUUCUUUACAGCGAAGAUAUCUAUGUCGGUUACCGGUGGUACGACACGCUCGACAUCGACCCACUGUUUCCCUUCGGGCAUGGUCUUUCAUACACAACAUUCGAAGUCUCUGAUCUCGAGGUAUCGGAGGCUUCAGCCAAGACUAACGGCUAUAAUAACGGCACUAACGGGCAUGUUAACGGCAACAAUGCUGUCAAGCUCCAGGAGCCCGACAACCUCGUCGUAAAUGUUAAGGUUACCAACACGGGCUCCCGCGCUGGUGCCGAGGUAAUUCAAGUCUACGUCACACCGCCGGCGCGGACACCCCUUACGAGUUCGACUCGUGACACAAUCACCCGCCCUACAAAGGAGAUGAAGGGCUUUGCAAAGGUCACUCUGGAAGCCGGCGCUAACACUACAGCAGAGGUCACAUUGGAUCUGCUGCGCGCAACGAGCUACUGGAGUGAGAUGGAGGAUUGCUGGCGUAGCGAUGCUGGCUCUUACGGCAUUCUCGUGGGAACGAGCAGUCGUGGAAAGUUCCUUGAGAAGACUAUCAUCGUUGAGAAGACGAGGAAAUGGAAAGGACUUCGCGCUUAG